UCUGCCACAGUAUGGGCUGAAGACAUCUAAGACAGGGACAUACUGAAGACAUCCACCGCUGGAAGACACCUGGACACAGGGAACGGACUCAAAGAGGGUGAGAAACGACAAAGAAGAGCUGACACGAGGAGAACAGGAGAGAAAGACAGAGAAACAGGCUGGAAAAGAGGUGGGAGAGAGUCGUGGAGAAGCAGCGCGAGAGGGGACGAGCGCGUCUGUCUGUGCCGGGACAGCAGACGCAGAACGGUCGUGGACCAGACGCUGGGACACACGCUCACACGCACACCAUGGUGGUCCAGGCGGCCGUAACGCCCGGGAGGACCCGCAGGCUUCUGCUUAAACUGCCAGUUGGGACGCUGAGACGAAAUAGUGAAGAGAGGAUGACGGAAGGGCGGAGAUGUCAGGUCCAUCUCCUGGAUGACAGGAAAUUGGAGCUCCUGGUACAGCCCAAGCUAAUGGCGAAGGAUCUUCUAGACCUGGUGGCGUCCCAUUUCAACCUGAAGGAGAAGGAAUAUUUUGGAAUCUCUUACAUAGAUGAGACGGGUCAUUUCAGCUGGUUGCAGCUGGAUCGGCGUGUUCUGGAACAUGAAUUUCCCAAGAAAUCUGGACCCAUUGUGCUUUUCUUCUGCGUUAGGUUCUACAUAGAGAGUAUCUCUUAUCUGAAGGACAAUGCCACAAUAGAGCUGUUCUUCCUCAAUGCAAAGUCCUGCAUCUAUAAGGAGCUCAUAGAGGUGGACAGUGAGGUGGUGUUUGAACUGGCCUCCUACAUCCUACAGGAAGCUAAAGGAGACUUCACAAGCAAUGAUGCUACUAGAGCUGAUCUGAAGAAACUGCCAGCACUGCCUACACAAGCACUGAAGGAGCACCCUUCACUCGCAUACUGUGAGGACCGGGUCAUUGAGCACUAUAAGAAGCUAAGCGGACAGUCCAGAGGCCAGGCUAUCGUCAAUUAUAUGAGUGUAGUGGAGUCAUUGCCCACAUAUGGAGUGCAUUAUUACGCUGUUAAGGAUAAGCAGGGUAUCCCGUGGUGGCUGGGUUUGAGCUAUAAAGGCAUUUUUCAAUAUGACUACCAGGACAAAGUCAAACCAAGAAAGGUGUUCCAAUGGAGACAGUUGGAGAAUCUGUACUUCAGGGAGAAGAAGUUCUCAGUGGAAGUCCAUGACCCGAGAAGCAGGGCGUCGGUAACGCGGAGGACGUUUGGUCACAGUGGCAUCGCCGUACACACCUGGUACGCCUGUCCCACCCUCAUCAAGUCCAUCUGGGCCAUGGCCAUCAGCCAGCACCAGUUCUACCUGGACCGCAAACAGAGCAAGAGUAAGAUCCAUGCCGCGCGCAGUCUGAAUGAGAUAGCCAUAGACUUGACAGAAACAGGAACCCUCAAGACGUCCAAACUGGCCAACAUGGGCAGCAAAGGCAAGAUCAUCAGUGGUAGCAGUGGGAGCCUGCUGUCCUCAGGCUCUCAGGAGUCAGACAGCUCUCAGACUGCUAAGAAGGACAUGUUGGCGGCUCUGAGGGCCAGACAGGAAGCUCUGGAGGAGACGCUCAGACUGAGAAUUGAGGAACUGAAGAACAUCUGCAUCAGAGAAGCGGAGUUGACAGGAAAGCUUCCUAAAGAAUAUCCUCUGGACCCUGGGGAGGAGCCGCCAACCGUCAGACGCAAAAUCGGCACGGCCUUCAAACUGGAUGAGCAAAAGAUCCUGCCCAAGGGAGAGGAAGAGGAAUUGGAGCGUUUGGAACGGGAAUUUGCAAUACAGUCUCAGAUAACGGAGGCAGCACGGCGGUUAGCGUCAGACCCUCACAUCAGCAGUAAGAAGCUGAAGAAACAGAGGAAGACGUCGUAUCUAAAUGCUCUGAAGAAACUUCAAGACAUCGAGAACGGCAUCAAUGAGCACCGCGUUCGCUCCGGAAAGAAACCCACACAACGUGCUUCUCUCAUCAUAGAGGAAGCGAAUAUCGGCUCAGAGGACAGCUCUCUCUCUGACGCCCUGGUGCUGGAUGAUGAUGACCCCCAGGUGGCAGGAACCCCCACGUUCUCGCCGGCUGCCUCCCCACACAAAGGUCUCCCGCCUCGACCCCCCUCCCACAGCCGGCCGCCACCCCCGCAGUCCCUGGACGGACUGAGACACCUGCAAUACCAGCGCACAGACUAUGACAAGUCUCCUAUCAAACCACGCAUGUGGAGCGAAAGCUCAUUAGACGAACCCUAUGAAAGGGUGAAGAAACGUUCCUCCCACUCCAGUAGUCACAGACGGUUCCCCAGCACGGGCAGCUGUGAGGCGGGUGGGAGUAACUCUCUCCAGAACAGUCCUGUGCGCUCAAUGCCUCACUGGAACAGCCAAUCCAGCAUGCCCUCCACUCCUGACCUAAGAACACGAAGCUAUGUCCACUCGGCCAGUGUAACUCAGCCCUUCCGUGGGCGGAGUUCCAGUCUGGAAUCUCAGGGGAAGCUGCUCUCCUUAGAGGCGGACACAGAGGCGGGGCUUAGCCCUGAACUCUUCCUGUCGGGCCCGCAGAGGACAGGAAGUAACGGCUCAGUGGUCCCCGACGACUGCUCGUCCUGCACCAGCCACUCCAGCUCAGAACAUUACUAUCCCUCGUCCACCUCCAACCCCAACUACUGCACGCUAGCCGAGGACUCGCCUUCUAAAGCACGGCAGCGCCAGCGGCAACGGCACAAAUCCGCCGGGAACCUGGGCGCCUCCAGCUCCGGCAGCAUGCCCAAUCUGGCGGCCCGCAACGGAAGCACUCAUGGAAGUGUGUGCGGCAGUCACCAGGGCGUGUACCUCCACAGUCAAAGCCAGCCCUCCUCGCAGUAUCGCAUCAAAGAGUACCCGCUUUACACGGAGGGCAGCAGCCCCAACGCCGUGGUGGUCCGCAGCCUGGAGAACGACCAGGAGGGGCACUACAGUGUCAAGGCGCAGUUUAAGACCUCCAACUCCUACACUGCUGGGGGUCUUUAUAAGGAGGGGUGGGGCUCCGGGGAGGACGGGGAAGCGGGCGGGAGCAGCGGGAGGUUGACGCCGUCUCGUUCACAGAUUGUGAGGACUCCGUCUCUGGGCAGGGAGGGAGGAGGAGGAGGUGGGCGGGCAGCCGUGUCAGAGGAGCUGCGGUGCUGGUAUCAGCGCUCCUCUGGAUCACUGAAGGAGCACAGAAGCGUCACGCACACCAGCUCCAAUGCCUCGGACGGUCGUGGAGGACGGAUAGGGACGCUAAUCAAGGGGUCACCAGCUGCAUCUCCGCACAGUCAGAGGAGUGGAAUGCUCUGUAGUGAGCCUGCAGCUACGCCACCCUGCAGCCCACAACACAUCCUCAACUGGCAGGGCGGAUCGCCAUUCAACGAUAGUUGUUUCCUGAGCAGUCCCCUGUGUGCUGAUAUAGCGGACGUACAGUGGUACGGACAUGAGAAGGCAAAGCCGGGAACACUCGUCUAAACUCUCAUCCCUCAUUCCUUUCUCUUUAAGAGAGAGAGAGAUGUGAAGGCAGGCCUUUCCAUAGGCUGAACCUCAACUUAUAAAAACCUGUAUGGCUGGAGCCAGUACCACCUCACCUACUUCCUGUCUGUCUAACUCUCUCUCUGUAUAUCCAGCGGUACUGUGCUUAUGAACUAUGGAAAUACAGGAGUCUAAAUGAACUAAACUGAGCUUGACCUUUCCUGACCCUCCCCCUCAGACUUUGAACUUUGACCCAGUUAGCUGGAAGCCAGUUCCUGCGUAUGCACAAACCCUCAUUGUUAAAUGCGUCGCUGGAGUAACGUGCAUGCGAGAGACUUCUCGUGUACGCAUGUAUGUGUCAGCGUUGUACUAUAAAUAAACCCCAUCUCAUGCACACACAUGCUCAAAUAGACAUUCAUCCCAUGCUGUCGUGUGUGUGUCACUCUGCACUGAUGUCAGAGAAUCAACGCCGUUCAUGCACAAAAACACCUUCCGAUGUAUUGCUUUGUCGUCAACCAUCUUCUUUGUAGAUCUUUAUGUUCGGAUAAAAAACAAAACAAAAAGAUGACCACAAGCCCCGCCUUCAUUCUACAGCCUCCCUUCUGAUUGGACCAUGAACUAUAAGUCACUCCUUCUGUUUGUUGGAUUUCUGGUUUUAUGUUCGAUAAUAUUUUGUGGAAAAGAGCAUUUAAAUGGUGAUAGCCUUUCUCCAAUCUUCCUGGAAUUGAAGAUUAACCGCUAAAAUGAGCACAUCGUUAAAAGGAUUCCAACGAAACGACAAGAUGCAUGUAAUUCCCAAAAACAUUGUUCAGAUCUGUCUACACCAUGGACCAUUAUGAUAACCGUGAGUUUUAACAACAGGACCAUUCAAAAGUUUAUAGCUGUAAGACAUUUUUGAUGCCUCUGUUCACCAAGGAUGCAUUAAAUUGAUGAAGAAUCACAGUAGACAUUUAUAUUGUUACAAAUUGUAUUGUUUUUUUUUUUAUUUUCCCUCUUUUUCUCCCAAUUUGGAAUGCCCAAUUCCCAAUGUGCUUUUUAAGUCCUCGUGGUCAUGUAGUGAUUCGCCUCGGUCCGGGUGGCGGAGGACGAAUCCCAGUUGCCUCUGCGUCUGAGAUCGUCAACCCGCACAUCUUAUCACGUGGCAUGUUGAGUGCGUUGCCACGGAGACAUAGCGCGUAUGGAGGCUUCACGCCACCCACCAUGGCAACCACGCUCAACUCACCACGCGCCCCACUGAGAAUGAACCACAUUAUAGCGACCACGAGGAGGUUACCCCAUGUGACUGUAUCCUCCCUAGCAACUGGGCCAAUUUGGUUGCUUAGGAGACCUGGCUGGAGUCACUCAGCAUGCCCUGGGAUUUGAGCUAGCGAACUAGCGAACUCCAGGGGUGGUAGCCAGCGUCUUUAUCACUGAGCUACCCAGGCCCCAUAAUUAUUUGUAUUUAUAUAAAGGCUGCAUUCUUUAAACUUUCUGCAGAGUUUUGGAAAGAGUGGGCGGGGCUAAUUCAAUGGCUCAGUCCCGUGAAAGUAGAACGGCUGAAAUUGCACAAUGGUUUCAAAUGUUAUAACAAAAAGAAAUGUUUCUUGAGUACCAGAUUAGCACAUUAGAGUGAUUUCUUAAGGAUUAGGUGACUGCUGAAAAUGGGGCAGCCCCAUUGAAAUAUAAAAUACAUACAAAUAUAUGUCAAACACUUAUUUGACACAGUAGUAAUUUGCAACAUCAGUAAUGCUUUUGCCAGUAUUUUUGAUCAAUUUAAUGCAUCCCAAUUUCUUUCAAAAACAAAAAUGUCUUGGUGGUGUAAAUCAUUCGAGGUAUUUGGAAACAUUGUCUUUGUUUGUAUGUACUGUAAUGUUGAAAGUUGGUUCAUUUGUUGUGGUCCAAGCAAUUCAUCAUUUGCUAAAAUGUAGAAGCCAUAGCUGUAAUAACGUAACGGAUACGUUAAAUGACCAAUCUGUGAAGUACUGUAUUUGCUGCAUAAAAACUCAAGCAGCAACCAGUGUACUUCACUACGGUAACUUGCCGCCAUGUUGCUCUGAGCCUGCACUUUACACAGAUUAACGGUACAUCCCAUAAUGCCCCGCUGUACGCCCGCGCUGCAUGCAAAUCUGUCACAACCCAAAAAACUACAAACCCCACAUUCCUUCUCCGUAAAAGUGUUGUGACAUCAGAGAAGCUGUCUCUAAUGAUGCGUUCUAUUCAAAGUCGAUAUUCCUACUUGAUAUCUCCAAUUUCCGACCAUAAAGACAUUCCUCUGCCCGAUCUCGGAAGAUGACGCAAAGGGAAACAGAACUGCAAUGUGGAGGAUAAAUGCUAGCGUUUGGUGUCCAGCUGUACAAUUAUCAAAAGAGACUGUAAUUGACUGUAUUUCACACAUCUAUCUCUGCAAAAGUUUGAUACAAUUUAAUUAUCAUCAUGUAAUUCAGGAACGUUUAUGCUUUUCAUUUAAUUCAAAGUGAAUAUUUAUCAUUAACUUCAUACUUCAACCUUGGUGAACUGCAUAAAGUCUUUGUCUUAUUUUCUGGAAAAAAUAUCUAAACAUCCUUAAAACAAGAAAAUAUGACUUGAGAAGUAGUGACAUACGAUAAUAAGUGUUCUUUUCAGAGAAAUCGAAUAAAAUUGAGGAAAGUUUAUGCUUAAAAACAAGACAAAUAGGGUAAGAAAAAUAAACUUUUUUUAUUUUAUUAAGUGUUUUUACGCCAUCGGCCAUUUUUUUCUUGUUAUAAGCAUAAAUGUUACUAAAUUUUGAUAUGUUUCUCUGGAAAAAAAGACAAAAUAUGUAAUAUAAUUUAAUCUCUCAAGUAAAUUUAUCUUGUUUAAAAAAAAAGUUUAGAUCGUUUUCUGGAAAGCAAGACAAAAAUACUCUAUAAUAAAAUUAUUUUUUGCAGUGUGCCAACAUGUUUGCAUGGCGUCAUGCACCCGCAUCUUGGCGAAAUCCGAGUUUCCAAGCUGGAAGUCCAACUUUGAGUGGCGUUCCAUUGCAAUUUUCUCAAGGAGGAAGUUGAAUGGAAUUCAGCAUCAAAUACAAAACCUUACUUGGGACACCAAACACUCCUGGCCUUAUAGGUUUUAUGUUUUUAUGUGUGUCUGUGUUUUUAAUAUUCAGGAUACUACUUACAACUAUAUUACAACUAAAACAUUAAAGUCAGAUGAGCACAACAUAAAGUGGCACACAGACUUUAAAAGGAUAGUUCAACACCCCCCCCAAAGGUUUCAAACCUUUCUUUCUUCUGUGUAACACAAAAGGCCUCAGACACCAUUCACUUUCAUUGCAUGAAACACUUUAUUUUAAAGGUCCACAAUAAUGCACUAGUUAAGCAUGAAUAAUACAGUAAAUAAUAAUGAAUUGAAUGUAGAUUAAGGCUAUUUUAGCCAUAAUUUGCAACUUAUUAAGCGUCUUAUUUUGCAUAGAAAGUAAUGCAAUUAACUCUCAGUUUCAGAGAUCAUAUAACAAGUUUACUAAACAAUUAUAAGCCAGUAAUGAAGGCUAAUUAAUAUUGCCUUUACAAAGCUGUUACUAGUAAAUGAAUAACAACUUGACCCCCUGCUCUGAAGUGAAAGUUAAACCUACUCAAGUUAUGGGUUGGUUUUGCACACGUUUCAAUUGCAAUAAAUUACGUUUCUGAACAUACCGUCCUCCACCACCCGGAUUGAGGCGAGUCACUACGCCACCACGAGGACUUAAAGCGCAUUGGGAAUUGGGCAUUCCAAAUUGGGGAGAAAAAAAACGUUUCUGAAAAUACUGUAUUAAUACAAAUUAAAAACUUGCAUAAGUAAAUAUUUCACUUUAGAACAAGGAGUCAAAUUGUCUUUAAGGUUUCAGCAAAUCUUAAGUAAAACCAAUAAUUAGUCUUAAUAAUAAUUACUGUUUAAAGAUAUUUAAAUAAACCUAAAUACCACCUUAUAAAUGUAAAACAAACAUUUAACUUUAGAACUGGGGGUCGACUUGUCUUUAAUAGAAGAUUUUAAUCAUUUAUUAGUAAUAGCUUUGUAAAGCCAAUGCUAUUUAGCCUAAAUUACUGGCUUAAUAUUUAUUUUUUGUUAAACUUAAUAUAUGAUAUGUAUAAAUAUCUGAAAUAGAGCAUUAAUUGCGUAACUUUCAACACAAAAAUAAGAUAUUUAAUUAGUUGGAAAUUAUGGGUAAAAUAGCCUUACUCCACAUUUAGUUAAGCAUUAAUUACUAUCUUAUUCAUGCUUAACUAGUGCAGUAUUGUGGAACCUUAAAUUAAAGUGAUACCCGUCUUUUGUUUUUCCAUACAAUAAAAGUGAAUGGUAUUUUUGGGUGAACUAUCCCUUUAAAACCAACACAAUAUUUCAGUCUAAACGAUGUUACCUCUGACCUGGCUUGUGAAGGAUUUCAGGAGAACAGCAUUUCCAGAAUGUGACGAGAAUAACGCAGGUGCUUCGUUUUAAAAGUAGAAAAGCCUCUGCUGUCUCCAGUAUGAAAACAUAAGCUCUGAAAACAGGGUGCAGAUCUGAACCGAAACCACGGGUGCCCCUCUAUCGAGGAAAAACAUCAAGCCAUAAAGUUGAACACCACAUUUAUUACACACUCUGCAAGAUACGAAACAGUGUACACGCAAAGUACUUUAUGAAACAGGUAGCUGAAAGCACACCCUUUGCCGUUAAUUCUCGACUUCAAAAAGUUAAUAGUUUGUGCAUUAAAAUAAGCAACCAUUACUGUAAUUCAUAAUAGGUUAAAAUAGAACCCAAACUGUAUCAUUUGUCACCAAAUCAAAGUAAAUACCCAAAGUUAUCUAAGAUUCCCGCACCAUAAACGGCCUCUUUUCUAAAAUUUUUAUCUGCCCCAAAAUAGAUCGUUCAACGGGCUUUUUGUGCAUGCUCAGCACACACUGUGCUUCUUGAUGUUAAAAUUAAACAUGGUGUCAAAACAGCCCUUACCAUAAUAAAACACCUCACACUCGUGCAUUUAGAGGUCGCUCAGACCUCGUACCACCCUGUACCCUCAUAGACCAACGUGAACGCCUCUCUGUCUACCUGUACUCGAUACCGUAAAUCUUUUUAUAUUAAAAAAACAACUAACACAUUUAUCAACAUUUAUAGGCAGGACUAUGGAAACCUUGACGAGGUUCUUUUAAAAGUUGAACAUUGACCAUACGUGUAAUGAUUUUUAUAAAUCAGUAUGCCUUUUUAUUUUUGUCUGCGUUUUUCACUAAAAGCUGGGAAGCAGUAAUGACACGUUCAGGUGCUACAGGAAGACCAGUUACUGCUUUCAUGUCCUAGCUGUAGACUUUUCCUAACUGUUGUCAAUAGUUUUAAUACCAGUCAUGCAAAAUGAAGGACGUUAGUUACUAAACCGUGUCUAUCACUUCAUCUUGACAAUAGAGCAUGUUUCAUGAGUUCAUUUCAGACAUAACCGCCGGACACAAUUCAAAUGGUGUUGUAGGAAAAAAACAAACAAAGUGGAAUUGUUGGGCGGGUUAAAUAUAACCAAAUUCCACAGUUAAUUUAUUCUUUUUUUUUUUCUAUUAAGAAUUUGUAUAAUAACAUUUUUCAAAAACUGUGUUGUUGGCAACUGAUACUGCAUUUUCCAGAUGAGAAAUGUGUUGGUUCUUGAGAUUCUGAAAUAAAUUAUUGCUGAAUGUUCUCUAAACUGAAGUGUGAAAUAGUUUUACUACGUUUGUUUUUCGACUGAAAUCGCCUUAGCGUUAGUGUGACAUUUCAUAAGGAGUGUGUCCCAAAUGUGAUAGAGUGGAUAUGUACAAAAGUUAAUGCAUAACUAUCAUUAUUCAUAACGCAACAUAGCUGCAGGUGGAUGAAGGUGAUGAUCCGUUUCCUUGGAGACUAAUUGAAAUUCAUCUGCAUGUCACCUUCGUGAAUUGUGUUUGUGCAUGUAAUGAAAUGAGCCGCAGGUGAUCCUGACAAUCACGCCCUGUGAUUGAAAUAACAAGUACAUGAAAGUGAAAUUUGAAUUGCCAAAUCUGAAUACUCCUCAGAAAUAUGUAAAUAUAUGUCAAUGUCAUAGUAAGCACGUAUCAUUUUUAAUGGGAGUAGAAAAGCCAGAAAAUUGUCUUGCUUUGAUCAAAGAUUUACUUUACUGAUGACUUCACCUUAAAGGGAUAGUUCACCCAAAAAUGAAAAUUCUCUCAUCAUUUGCUCGCCCUCAUGCCAUUCCAGAUGUGUAUGACUUUAUAU